GUCUACGGUAUCUGUUGAAAUGUCCGGAUUCCUAGCUACCAGGAUGGGGUAAACAACCAGCAUUAUCUCUCUAGAUGUGUCAGAUGGACAUUUUCAAAAUAUUUUAAACUGUCAUAUUUUGAGUGUCGUCUGCUCAGAUGGGAAGAUGGCGUCGCCAUAGUAAGAUGGCGUCCUGUUGCCCCAGUGUUUAGGACACAAAAGUAAAAAUCAUGGAUACUUUCGCGGGCCUGCUGACUCUCUGUGUUCUUCUUGGCAUCAUUUCCAACAUAGAUGGCGCCUGUACAUAUCCCACAAACCUCCACGAUGGCUCUUUCUUCACUACAAGCGGGGACACUCUUAACUUCACUAGUACAACCAUGGCCAAGCUGGCUGUUCAUACAUUCGGUUCAUUUACUUUCACCUGUGAUUUAAGCAGUGGGACACAGUAUGUCAGCAAGUCGGAGCUUUUCUACAGAUUCGGCCUCCCAUUUGAAGCCUUCAUUUGCAUGGAAAUGACAGAGGUGUCAACCAAUCAAUACACAUUCUACCAACCGACAACCGAACUCAGUGACGCCGGAAAUAUGAGGAUUAAGAUUUUUCUAGAGGGUAAGACCAUAUCAUCAAUAUCAGAAGUAUGUGAUGUCGCUGACACCACAAAUUUGACGGAUGUUCGCAUGAUCAAAGAUGGCUCCAUCGACACGGAAAAGAUUACAUGCCCCACAGACUUACAAGGAUACUACUCGUACGAGUAUGACUCUGGAAGUGGAAAUGUGUGUAACAAUAGUACUGAACUAGACACCUGUACCGACACCACUCUUAUGAGUUUCAACCUUACACUCUGUACUCAGAUCCAAGCUUAUUCAGCUGGAGGACAGCUGAACUGUUUACACUACAGUACAGUAGGCGACUAUACCAAUCUCGUUGUCUAUAAUAGGGAUACCUCUGUUGACCAAAGUACUACCUACAGAUUAUCCUGUUAUGUAAUAUCUACAAACUCGACGACUGUGUACGCCACUCAGUACCCAAACGGAUGUUAUAGCGGUCAGACGUCCACUUCGGUCAACUCACCAGGCGCCACCGUCGUUUUCACACAGACAGCCACAUGUCCUGUCAUUACAACCACUACAACCACUGAAGCUCCAUCAGAUACGAGUACUGCAUCGACCGGAAUCAUCGUUGGGGUCAUAGUACUCCUUCUAGCCAUCCUCCUCAUCGUCCUCUUCGCAAUCUGGUUCUGGUGGAAGAAGAAGAAAGAAAAAGAAGAAGAAGAAAGGCGGAGAAAAGAGCAGGAAGAUCUAGAGGAGGGUUUAUCAGAUGGUCUGCCGGACGAAUCAAAGUACGACAUUGACCGACUAAUGUAUACACCUGACCAACUUCUCACUCCCUCCAACAUACAUCCCAAGGUCACGGGCAAAAUACUGGAUAGGGAUAACUUCGAGGGUUUUGGUGAUGACGAGUACAUAGACGAAUUCGGAUGGCAGGACAUGAUUGAUGCCAAAGACUUCAUGACUAUGCGCAAGAGACGAGACGGAAAGGAUGAGUUCGAAGUUGGUGACGCUAAGGACAAAGCUAGUAAGAAAAAAGUAAAAGACCUGAUGAAAUCGAAAAAAAAGAAGAAGAAGAAAGGAAAGAAAAAGAAAAAGAAAGGAAAAUCAAAUACGUAUGAAACCGAUGACGAGUACGAGGAUAUUGAUGAUGAUGCUGCUGAUGAUAAUGCCGAAGAGGGAGAAGCUUCAAACAGGCGGGAGUUGACUAUCUAUCUCAAUGGAACACAAGACGAAGAGGAGGACGACGAUUCUCCUAGUGACAGCAGGAGGAAAGCUCGAUUCGAGGAGACGGACGAUGAGAAAGUUAAACGAAAAAGGAAGAAAAAAAAGCGGAAACGGAAGAAGACGUCAACAGUGAAAGUGCUCGCCCACGCAACCAACUACCUAGUGCUUAAGUCCAAAGCAGGCCCUAAACCGCCUCCAAAGAAACCCAAACUGAAGAAGGUCAAAGGUUGGUACGAAAUGGGCGGAGAGGUGAAGAACAACAAAUUGGCUACCAUCAACACGAUUAUGGGGAAGACAGUAACUGACUCCAGUACUUACUCAGAGUUUGAAAGGGUGCCUGCACAUCGAAAUGGCCAAGCAACCCGCGAAAAACCCUACAACCAAGACGUAUUUGAUGCUGUCUUAAACAAGAAAUUCAACAGUUGGACCCACGGAUGGGAUACAUGAGCCUAUAUUGACGAUAAACCCAACCUUACAGUACCGCCAUAAACAAUAAUAGUUGAGCAUAUUGUCACAGACGUUUUUUCUUGUACAAGCAUUGCUGUUUAAGUGGAUAUAUAACGAAUUGUUUUAAAAACUCUUAAAUUGUCUCAAAAUAUAAUUUACAAAAGAUAUUACAGAAUAGAAAAGAGGAAACUGAAAUUAGUAUUGAGUAAUUUUGUUAUACAAGAGCAGAAAACAAACAUCCGUGUUAUGUCUUGAAUAUAAUUAUGCUCACCAAUGCGUUCAAUUAUCAUUUUCAUUACCAGACCAUUCACCCUGACCUUACAUUACGCUUUCCUCCCGUAUUUGUCUCAUUUUCAUGUUCAUUGACGUCACUAUUUAAGUUGAUAUUAAAAUAUAAGACGCUUUUUCGGCAUUCAUUGAGUUGUACUUCCCGAUGAUCUUCAGGUAGAUGCAUCAGAAACAAGCCGAACAGCAUAUUUGAACAUUAUAUUUUGAAAACACUCUGGUGUGUCACUUACUGUUACAUGAUCUGCAUAUUAUACAUCAGUUGAUUUUCGUGAACACUGAAUUUUGGAACCAUUCUUCAAAUCUAAAUAUACGAGAGAAAAGAAUGCUCGCGAAACAAAAAUUAUUUACAGUAAUUAAGUAUUUUUUUAAUCGAAAUAACAACAUUUCAUUUCACAAUAUAAUCACACUAAUAAAGAAUUAUCCUUCCUUACUUUAUAUGGCAUUUUAAAAAUAUGACAUAUCUUGUUCACCCUUUCCGUUCAUAGAUAAUUUGCUAGCACCUUUAACCUUCGUAUUGUGUUUUCCCCAGUCAUAUCGUGAUACUAGGAGGACAAGGCAAGCUUAAUUGUAAAUACAGUAUGAAUUUUUCUUGCUUUUUUUCUUAUAAUUUACAGUAAAACUUGAAAACAACAAAAUCAUUUUCCGGAUCAUUUUACGAUAAUUGUCAUCAGAAUAGGGAAAAAAUCCUAAGAUUAAUUCCUCAAAACGAAAUUGUCGGAUUAAAGGAAUUGAGUUUGAUGAACCCAAAGUGUUACUGUAAACAUUAUGUAAAUAAGUAUAUCAUUGCAUUCCCCUACCGUGUGUAGUUGUUUUCAUCUGAUUGGUAUUACCUAACCUUCAUUCUCGCUCAUUGAUUUACAGCUAGUAUUCUAGAAUAGAUAAACUAAGUAAUUUACUAUCUUCAUCUUUAAAUAUUAUAUUUCUUUGUUUAUAAAUAGCUAUGAUUUGCUACUUAUAUUUUCUUUUCUGAA